AUGGACAACCACAGAGUGGGGACCGUGCUAUGGAGCAGCGGCAGCAACAACUGGAGGAAGGAGAUGGCCGACCAGGAGCGUCGCCGGGUGGGAAGAACAACGCCUUCUUGCCCCAGUCACGAACUCCAAUGGCUAAACAAGGUGCUCCCCGCAUACCCGGUGGCUCCCGCAGCGAACAUCAAGAUUCACGUAACCGUUACCCCACCAAUAAUCCUCGGUCUCAGAUCACCCGUCCUUAGAACGGUGGUAGCAAGGACCAAUAAUCUUAGGGCCCCCCUCCUACUCAUUGAUAUUUCCGUUCCAGUCCAGGCUAUGAAGCCAUUGGACAUUACCAGCAAGCAGACCACUAACAAAGAAGCCGUUCCUGGUGGUGUCUGCGAGGCGGAGGCCGCACUUGCUAAGAAGCCUCAGCCGCGACAAAAGUAG